UGAGGUCGGUUUCCGGUGGCAACUGAAGGGGUAACUCGGGUCUCGUGUUGCGCAGGCGGGAAACUGGGCGAGAGGAAGAUUUCUGAAAGAAAAAGAAGAGAUCCGGUGUUCUUGGUUUCUUGGGACUUCCUUUGCUUCUCUCAGGGUAGAAUAUGCCAGUCGCUAAGACUUCCAUUUGAUGUUCUGUGGGAUUCCUGGCAAAGCAUCUUCCAAAGGGAAUACUUUAGGGAUCUCAGACCAGCCCCUGCCAUAGUGGGCAGGGAGCUGUCAACAUGGCAGAUACAUUGGAGUUCAAUGAAAUAUAUCAAGAAGUGAAGGGAUCUAUGAACGAUGGCCGUCUGCGGCUAAACCGCCAGGGUGUGAUUUUUAAGAACAGCAAAACUGGGAAAGUUGACAACAUCCAGGCCUCAGAUUUGGCAGAGGGUGUCUGGAGGCGAGUAGCAUUGGGCCACGGCCUCAAGCUGCUUACUAAAAGUGGCCAUAUCUACAAGUACGAUGGGUUCAGAGAGACGGAGUUCGACAAACUUUCAGAUUUCUUCAAAACACACUUUCAUUUAGAUCUUGCUGAGAAAGAUCUAUGUGUAAAAGGCUGGAAUUGGGGGACAGUCAAGUUUGGAGGGCAACUUCUCUCUUUUGAUAUUGGGGAGCAACCAGUUUUUGAAAUCCCACUCAGUAACGUGUCCCAGUGCACUACCGGCAAGAAUGAGGUGACUCUGGAGUUUCAUCAGAAUGACGAUGCUGAGGUGUCCCUAAUGGAAGUCCGCUUCUAUGUGCCACCCACUCAGGAGGAUGGUGUGGAUCCUGUGGAGGCAUUUGCCCAGAAUGUGCUAUCAAAGGCAGAUGUCAUCCAGGCUACUGGAGAUGCUAUCUGUAUCUUCCGAGAACUGCAGUGCUUGACUCCUCGUGGACGCUAUGAUAUCCGUAUCUAUCCUACCUUCCUGCACCUCCAUGGCAAAACAUUUGAUUACAAAAUCCCAUAUACUACUGUUCUGCGACUUUUCUUGCUUCCCCAUAAAGAUCAGCGCCAGAUGUUUUUUGUGAUCAGCUUAGACCCUCCUAUAAAGCAAGGGCAAACCCGCUAUCACUUCCUUAUUCUAUUGUUCUCAAAGGAUGAGGAUAUCUCCUUGACCCUCAACAUGAAUGAGGAUGAAGUCGAGAAGCGCUUUGAAGGACGGCUCACCAAAAAUAUGUCUGGGUCUCUGUAUGAGAUGGUCAGCCGUGUCAUGAAAGCCCUUGUGAACCGCAAGAUAACUGUACCAGGCAACUUUCAGGGACAUUCUGGAGCCCAGUGCAUCACGUGUUCCUACAAGGCUAGUUCGGGCCUCUUGUAUCCUUUGGAACGUGGCUUCAUCUAUGUGCACAAGCCACCUGUUCACAUCCGCUUUGAUGAGAUUGCUUUUGUCAACUUUGCUCGUGGGACGACAACAACCCGUUCCUUUGACUUUGAGAUAGAAACCAAGCAAGGGACACAGUAUACUUUCAGCAGCAUAGAGAGAGAAGAAUAUGGCAAACUCUUUGACUUUGUGAAUGCGAAGAAAUUGAACAUCAAGAAUCGGGGACUUAAGGAGGGCAUGAAGAAUGUGACCUACGAUGAAUAUGAUGGUUCUGAUGAUGACUCCCAUGAUGCCUACUUGGAGCGGAUGAAAGAGGAGGGCAAGAUUCGUGAGGAACAUGCAAAUGACAGCAGUGAGGACUCCGGAGAGGAAACGGAUGAGUCGUUCAAUCCAGUAGAGGAGGAGGAAGAUGUGGCAGAAGAGUUUGAUAGCAAUGCCUCUGCUAGUUCUUCUAGUAAUGAAGGGGAUAGUGACGAGGAGGAGAAGAAACCUGCCAAAAAAGCCAAAAUUGUUAAAGAACGGAAGCCCCGCAAGAAACAGUCUGAGGGUAAAAAAGGGAAAGACCCCAAUGCCCCAAAGAGACCUUUAUCUGCGUAUAUGCUCUGGCUCAAUGCUAAUCGUGACAAGAUCAGAUCAGAAUGUCCUGGCAUGAGUGUCACUGACGUGUCUAAGAAAGCUGGGGAACUGUGGAAAGGAAUGUCAAAAGAGAAGAAAGAGGAAUGGGACCGCAAAGCAGAAGAGGCCAAGAGGGAUUAUGAGAAGGCCAUGAAGGAAUACAGUGAGGGAGGCAAAGUGGACAGUUCUAAGAGAGAAAAAGCCAAAAAGAAAAAGCCAGAUAAACCAGGAAAAGGGAGAACGGAGAAGAAGAUAGUGACACCUUUAAAAUCUGCUAGCAAGACUCCUCCUAAACAGUUAGUCGAGAGCUUCAAGAGCAAGGAAUUUGUAUCCAGUGAUGAAAGUUCCUCAGGCGAAGAAAAGAAGGGGGACUCUGAUGAGGAGGAGAUAGCCAGCACGCCACCUAGUUCAUCAGAGUCUGGCUCUGAUUAGCCAGGAAUACUCAAGCCAUCACACUGGUUCCCUCUAAGCCCUCCUGCAGAUGGCAUGGUAGCUGUACUGCCGAGGGGAGACUGACUGAACAUUUUCAUCCAGGCCAAUAGGCUGAAGACCCGGCAAGGCAUAGGGAUACCUUUCUUGUUUCACUGGCCUCCUCAGCUUGUUCCCCUUCCAAUACCACAGUAAUUAGUCAGAACCAAUUACUGCCUUUGGAGAGAAAGGAUGCCGCCUAAAAAGAAUCUAGAAAGCCAGCGAUCCCUUGUUUUUCUGCCUCCAUGUUGCUGUAGGCCCACUGUAUCCUUUCAGAUGGCAAGCUGAAUGGCAUAAGGCUGGAAGCUGUGACACUGUAUGGUCUCCAGAGUCAUGUUCAGUUGGUAUUUCAUCUUUCCCUUUCUGGUUUUUUAAAAGUUCUCUUUGCAUAUCUGUUUUAUCAUGGCUAACUGAAUUAAUAAAAAAUAAAGUGACUAUA